AUGACAGUAUACGAACAGUUAGAUAUGAGACCGCUCGAAAAAUUUGUAUUUCAGGUCAAUUCCGUCUUACAAGAUGACCAAGCUGAUGAUGCGUCAGUUCGUGACAUCUUAGACAGUGAGUCGAUAUAUACAGCAGCGGAUUUGCAACACUAUUUACGUUCUAACUUGAUCAGAACGUCUACAUACCAAUCCAUUGCAAAAAGUUUAAAAGAAAAGACAUUUUCUUUAUCCAUUGAAACAACAGACGGAGGUUAUCCAAUCACGACUAUGACUACAAACGUAGUAACAGAUGAAAACGUCGAUUGGAUACCAGCAGAUCACAAUAAUAAUCAUUGGCGGCAUGUUAUACCUUUAAAAACUAUUGAGAUGGAUCUAUACCGUGCAAAUACUUUUGUAAUGGUGGCAUCUAAGAAGGGUAAAGAAAAAACAUCGUAA